AUGUGCCUGGUGGAGAUUGACAACGGGCAGCAGCAGGAGUUCGAGAGCAAGCUGACCGAUUUGCUGCAGACGGAGAGCCUCACCCACCGUGCUGCCAUUGCCAUGGACACGCACGCCGGGCAGAACCACAGCAACCACAACUCAAUGCCUUUGUCACCGGCCCGCCUCACCCCCCUGCAGGAGAAGGAGGAGCAGCAGGAUCUGAAUAACUGGCUGGUCGUCUACAUUGACAAGGUGCACUCGCUGGAGUCAGAGAACGCACGGCUGCGCAUCACCAACUCGGAGGAGGAGCAGUCCAGCAUUACGGUGGCUAACGAGACUGAACUGUGCCAUGUACGCAAGACGGUGGAGUUGGUGGGCAAGGAGCGUGCACGGCUCCAGCUGGAGCUCACCCAGGUCCACGAGGAUUUCAUGGACUUCAGGGUCAGGAAUGCCAAGAAGGAAGGAGACCUGCUCACUGCCGAGAUCAGCCUGAAGGAUGUAGAGGCCCUAUUCAACUCCAAAAAGGCUACACUCAGCAGCCUCUUGGGGGAGAAGUGCAAACUGGAGACUGAAGGCCGUGACCUCAGAGGCCAGCUGGCCAAGUUGGAGAUGGCCUUGGCCAACAUCAAGAAGCAGCUUCAGGACGAAACGCUGCAGCGGUUAGAUGUGGAGACCAUCCUGCAGACCCUGAAGGAGGAGCUGGACUUCCAAAAGUACAUCUACAGCGAGGAGCUCCGUGAGAGCAAACUCUGCUAUGAGAUGUGCCUGGUGGAGAUCAACAAUGGGAGCCAGUGGGAGUUCGAGAACAAGCUGGCCGAUGCGCUACAGGACCUCUGCGGCCAGCACGAGGCCCAGGUCAAGCUCUACAAGAAGGAGCUGAAGAAGACCUACACGGCCAAGUCUAAUGUAGCUGACAACUUCAGGGGGGAAAAAGAUCUCGGCAUAGAAGAUGAGGAAUGUCUCAACUUGUAUAAUCAGGUACUAGCAAGUAGUGGCUUGGAGAUAGUCUUGGCCUUUGAAUCACUAAUUAACAGUGUUCAAAGGGAACUUGGAGCCGUCUGUGGGCCGAGUGGUCUAUAUCAAUCACGAAGUAAUUUUUGGUUUGACAAAGAUUGCCUGAUGCUUAGGAACCAGAUUAAACGGGUUUACCUGUUCUACCGCAACCGAGGGGACAAAUGCCCACCAGAGGACUAUUACCACCUGAGGCGGGAGUAUAAAGGAUUGAUUGCUAAGAAAAAAAAAGCUAAAGAGAGAGAGAAGUGGGAUCUACUUCUUCUCUCCAUCCAGCAGCAGGACACCUGA